AUGGGUAGGGGAGGGGCCCCCAAAAGAUGCAGGGAAGCUUUGGCUCAGCCUGAAGAGCCAGAGGCCUCACUAGGGGCCCCCAGAAGGAGGCGGAAAGAGUCCAAAAAUCGGGGCCUGGGGGCCCCCGAGGGUCAGGGGGCCCCCGAGGGUUUGGGGGCCCCCGAGGGUUCGGGGGCCCCCGAAGGUCUGGAGGCUCCCGAGGGUUUGGGGGCCCCCGAGGGUUUGGGGGCCCCCGAGGGUUUGGGAAACCCCGAAGGCCGGGGGGCCCCACAAAGAGCUGCAGGCGGCGGGGCAUGCGACGCAGACACAGAUGAGUGGGUUCCCAACGAAGCCUUUGAGCAGUCCCUCGAAUUCAUCCCCAAACAAAUACCCUUUGAGGGGGCCCCCCGCGUCUCGACCCUCAGCGUGGCUUUGCCGGCCUCUAUAGUGGCCAAUGCACAAUCUGCAGAGCUGAGGGCCGCCUUGGUGGGCUGCAUUGCCAGGUCUUUGACAGUGAUGGGUGUUGAUGAAGUUGUUGUCUAUGAAGACUGUGCGUCUGCAAUAGACCCAUCAACGGGUCGCUCUCCCUCUUUGGACUUCUUUGCUACGGGGGGCCCCCAGGGGCCUUGCGGGGGCCCCCAUGCUUCUCCAGAGCCCCAAGGGCCCCUUAGGCACCUGCUAGGGGGCCCCAUCCCGGGGCCUCUCCGGGCCCUGAGAAACCCCCUGGACGCGCCGCACCACCUGCGCCGCGAUGAAUGGCUUCCUUAUAGAGAAGGUGUUUCUUUAGAAAAGUCCCAAGGGGGGACCCUUGUGGAUUGUGGCCUUCUUUUUCCUGUUGCAUGUCAGCAGCAAAUCCCCGCGGGCACAAGGGUGACGCUGCGGCUGCACCCCUCGCUGCGCACUGCUGGCGACUUGAACCGGCUGCUGCCGUCUCAGCGCAAAUUGGUGUUGCGGGGAGAAGCAGUUUCUCCUCAAGAGCCUCCGACUCUGGCAGGGCUGUACUGGGGCUAUCAAGUUCGCGCUGCGAGUUCUCUGCGGGAGGUGUUUAGAGGCCACAAUCUGAGCAGCAGCAAAAAGAGCAGCAAAAGUCAAGAAGCAAAUAAUAAAAAUAAAGACAAAGACCUCAAGAGAGAAGGGCUUUAUGACUGCAUUGUGGGAACUUCUGAAAGGGGAGUCCCGCUGCAGCAAGCAGCCAUCAGCAUGCAGCACGGCAGCUACAGCCAUUUGCUGCUGGUCUUCGGGGGCCUCAGCGGCUUAGAGGCAGUUCUAAGGGACCCCCAAAGUGGCAUAGCAGCAGCAGCAGCUCGUGCUGCAGUUGGCUUCUGUGCUGCUGAGGGGCCCCCCUGCCCUGCUGGGGGGCCCCCCUCCUCGGACCUGCGGCGGGCCUGCAGGGCCCUGGGGCGCCAGGGGGCCCCCGGGGGCCCCCUGGGGCCCCUCAAAGAGGGUACUGAUGCAGCAGUACCCCCUGAAUGCCUUUUUGAUUCUUAUGUUAAUACUUGUCCCCUUCAGUCUUCGCGAACUAUAAGAACUGAAGAGGCGCUGCUGCUAACGCUUGCUGCGCUGCGGCACACAGGGGUGCAUUCAAGGGGGCCCCCUACACAGCAGCAGCAGCAGCAGCAGCAGCAGCAGGAGGAGGAGGAGCAGCAGCAGCAGCAGCAGCAGCAGCAGCAGCAGGAGGAGCAGCAGCAGCAGCAGCAGCAGCAGCAGAAAAAGCGAAGACCCCACUUGCCUCCCCUCUUGGCAGUCAUGGAGGAAGUCGAAAGACAAAAAGUGGGUGCACAUAUGAAAGAGAAGUAG